CUCCCCUCCCUCCCUCUCGCGCUCUCUCGGCUUCCUCGCUUGCCUGUCUCCCUCCCUCCGGACUCCUUGCUCGCUGGUUCGCUCCGGGUCUCCGUCCGUCUCCCUCACCUGUCACCACACCCACUUCCACCUUCCCGUCGUUCCUGUCCGUCCUCGGUCCGCUCCAACGGCUCCUCGUGGCGUGGUCACAAGGGAAGCCGCCCAUCCAGAGGUGGAAAGAGCUUAACCCCGGUGAAGACUGGAAUCUGAGCCACCCGCGCUCCGAUCUGUCUUCCGAAGGACGCGGAGGGAGGAAGGCUCCGGAUCGAGGAUUUGCGUCUCCUUCCGGUCCGGCACGCCUUGAUGUAUAAAUCGGCCUUUGCUUCUUUGUAGGCACACUCAAAAGCAGCGUUUCCCCUGUAGGGUGGCGUGAUCUCCACUGUUCUAUAAGUGGAGCAGCCACGAAGGCUGUCGGAACCUCCUUCGCUGUUAUAUAUUGGCAGGCUAGAGCCCCAAGUUUCCUGAAGGCUUUGCUGCCCUGUUCUAGUUGGCGAAGAUGUCGUUCCGCAGCAUCGUUCGUGACGUUCGGGACAGUUUUGGUAGCCUGUCAAGGCGCAGCUUUGAGGUGACUAUCGCUGGCCUUUCUGGACUCACCGUGCAUCAUAGGGGGAAAUCUCAGAGCACGGUGCAUGAGGUCUGUGAUACGGAUCUCAUAAUCCAGGAGAGCCGUUGGGCUAAUCUCCCUCCUGAGCUCCUCCGCGAUGUGAUCCGGAGGCUGGAGGCCAGUGAGAGCACCUGGCCAAAUCGCAAGCAUGUUGUGUCCUGCGCUGCUGUUUGUCGAGCAUGGAGGGAGAUGUGCCGGGAGAUUGUGCUGAGCCCGGAGUUUUGUGGGAAGCUUACAUUCCCAGUUUCUCUAAAGCAGCCCGGGCCUCGAGAUGGAAUGAUUCAAUGUUUCAUAAAGCGAGAUAAAUCAAAGUCCACAUAUCAUCUCUACUUGUGCCUCAGCACUGCUGUACUUAUGGAGAAUGGCAAGUUCCUCUUAUCAGCUAAAAGGAACCGCAAAACAACCUGCACGGAGUAUGUUAUCUCAAUGGAUGCUGAGAACAUAUCGAGAUCUAGCAGCACAUAUAUUGGAAAGCUAAGGUCAAACUUCCUCGGCACCAAAUUUAUGAUCUCUGACACGCAGCCCCCUUAUAAUGGGGCUGUAGUCCCUCAUGCUGGCCGGACAAGCCGAAGAUUCAACUCCAAGAAGGUCUCCCCUAAGGUGCCAACUGGUAGCUACAACAUAGCUCAGGUGACAUAUGAGCUAAAUGUUCUUGGCACGAGAGGCCCUAGGCGGAUGCACUGCGUCAUGCACUCUAUACCCGCCUCCGCAGUUGAGCCUGGUGGCAUAGUCCCUGGACAGCCUGAGCAGAUUCUGCCCCGGGCAUUAGAGGAGUCCUUCCGCAGCACCACCUCCUUCUCCAAGUCAUCCAUCAUGGACCGGUCCAUGGAUUUCAGCAGCUCCCGUGACUUCAGCAGUGCCCGCUUUUCUGACAUUGCCGGAGGCGCCGCCAUAGCUGGCGAUGAAGAGGGACAGAACAAGGAGAGGCCGCUUGUGCUCCGCAACAAGGCCCCAAGAUGGCACGAGCAGCUGCAGUGCUGGUGCCUCAACUUCCGUGGCCGUGUAACCAUUGCCUCGGUGAAGAAUUUCCAGCUGAUCGCUGCGCCAAGCCCGGCCCCUGCCCCUGCUGCCAGGGCUCCAACCCCAUCGUCACAACCUGUUCCGCAGGACCAAGAUAAGAUCAUUCUCCAGUUUGGUAAGGUGGCCAAGGAUAUGUUCACUAUGGACUACCGCUACCCACUCUCAGCCUUCCAGGCUUUCGCCAUCUGUUUGAGUAGCUUCGACACUAAACUGGCCUGUGAGUAAAUAUAGACCCCGUGGAAGCAAUGGAACAACCCGGAGCUGGCAAUGCACAAGGGGAGAGAUGCAUUUAGCCCUAGGAUUUUAGUUUGAUGCUUUUGCAAUUUGUUGUUUUCUCUCUGAUGGUUGUAUUCUGCUUCCUGUUAACCUGGAACCGGACCUCUAGGCUCUAAGCAUGUAUGUUUUCACCUGCUGGCACCAUGGUAGGUGCCAUUUCGUGUAAUGUGCAUAAGAUUCAGCCCUUAACGUGAAUGAAUUGUUACAGUGUU